CACUUGUUCUGUGCUUGCGCUGCUGGGCCUGGAGGUGGCUCUUUACAGACGCUCCCUAGAAAAAGAUCCACCGGAAGUGACUUACUCCCUCGCCGGAGGGUGAGGUUCGCUUCCGGUGGUCGCCAAGCGGGUGCGUUUCCUCGCCUCGACCCUUGGCGUCUCACCGCGCAUGCGCUGUGGCCCCGUCUCACCAGCAGCGGCGAAGGAGUUUGGAAGUUCAAAAUGGCCGCCGCGGUGGAGUCCGUGUUGCGGGAGCCCGAAAUUGAAGAUGCUGAUAUUUCUGAGAGAAGUGUCAAUGAAGAAAAUGGUGAAAUAUCAGAAGUAGAACAACCUCAGAAUAAGCACAGCCGACACAAAAAAAAGAAACACAAACACCGAAGUAAACACAAGAAACACAAACAUUCUUCAGAAGAAGACAAGGACAAAAAACAUAAACACAGGCACAAACAUAAGAAACAUAAACGGAAAGAGGUUAUUGAUGCCUCUGACAAAGAAGAUGGACCAGCAAAAAGAACUAAAAUUGAUUUCUUAGCUCCUCUAGAAGAUUUGGAGAAACAAAGAGCAUUAUUAAAAGCUGAACUUGAGAAUGAGUUAAUGGAAGGAAAAGUUCAAUCUGGGAUGGGGUUAAUAUUACAAGGUUAUGAGUCAGGUUCAGAAGAAGAGGGAGAAAUCAAUGAAAAGGUGCGAAAUGGCAAUAGGUCUUCAACUAAAUCAUCAAACACUAAGGGGAAACUAGAGCUUGUGGACAAUAAAACAAGUUCAAAAAAAGCAAGUAAGAAUGAAUCAAAAGAACGGACUAGGCACAGAUCUGAUAAAAAGAAAAGCAAGAUAGGAAUUGACGGAGUGAAAGAGAAAGCAACUAGAAGCAAAUCAAAAGAGAGGAGAAAAUCAAAAAGCCCAUCUAAAAGAACUAAAUCUCAAGAUCAAACAAGGAAAUCAAAGUCUCCAACCCUUAAAAGGAGGUCUCAAGAGAAAAAUAGAAAGUCUAAGUCUCCUCCGGAGGAUAAGAAUAAAGCAGAUGAUAAGAGUAAAGCAAGAGAUCGCAGAAGGUCUCCAGUUGUAAAUGAAAGCAAAAGUCGAGAUCGUGGCAAAAAAUCCAAAUCUCCAAUAGAACUAAGAAGCAAAUCCAAAGACAGAAGGUCACGAUCAAAAGACAGGAAAUCAAGGAGAUCGGAGACUGACAAAGAGAAGAAGCAAAUUAAAUCUCCUUCAAAAGAUGCUUCUUCUGGGAAAGAAAACAGGUCUCCUAGUAGAAGACCUGGCCGCAGCCCUAAAGGAAGAAGCUUAUCUCCAAAACGUGAUAAAUUACGAAGAAGCAGAUCUCCUCUUCUUAAUGACCGCAGAUCAAAACAGAGUAAAUCACCCUCUCGAACUCAGUCUCCUGGUAGAAGAGCAAAGAGCAGAUCAGCAGAAAGGAAACGAAGAGAAUCAGAAAGGAGGCGUCUUUCUUCUCCCAGAACCCGACCUAGAGAUGAUAUUCUCUCUAGGCGUGAGAGAUCAAAAGAAGCCAGCCCACUCAGAUGGUCACCAUCCAGAAGAAGAUCUAGGUCUCCCAUCCGAAGGAGAUCUCGUUCACCACUCCGACGUAGCCGGUCUCCAAGAAGGAGAAGCAGGUCUCCUCGGAGGAGGGAUAGAGGUCGGAGGAGUAGAUCUCGGCUUAGGAGGAGGUCUAGGUCACGGGGUGGUCGUAGACGUAGGAGUAGAAGCAAAGUUAAGGAAGAUAAAUUUAAAGGAAGUCUUUCUGAAGGCAUGAAAGCUGAGCAGGAAUCCUCAUCAGAUGAGAACCUUGAAGAUUUUGAUGUAGAAGAAGAAGAUGAAGAAGCACUGAUAGAGCAGAGAAGAUUACAGAGACAAGCAAUUGUUCAGAAAUACAAGUACCUCACUGAAGACAGUAACAUGUCUGUGCCAUCUGAACCAAGCAGUCCUCAGAGCAGCACACGUAGUCGUUCAAAUUCACCAGAUGACAUUCUGGAACGUGUAGCUGCUGAUGUUAAAGAGUAUGAACGGGAAAAUGUUGAUACAUUUGAGGCCUCUGUAAAAGCCAAACACAAUCUCAUGACAGUUGAACAGAAUAACGGCUCAGCUCAGAAGAAGCUAUUAGCUCCUGACAUGUUCACAGAAUCGGAUGAUAUGUUUGCUGCAUACUUUGAUAGUGCUCGUCUUAGGGCUGCUGGCUUUGGAAAAGACUUCAAAGAAAACCCCAAUCUCAGGGAUAACUGGACUGAUGCAGAAGGCUAUUAUCGUGUUAACAUAGGUGAAGUUCUAGAUAAACGUUACAAUGUUUAUGGUUACACUGGCCAGGGAGUUUUCAGUAACGUAGUGCGAGCCAGAGAUAUGGCAAGAGCAAACCAAGAAGUGGCAGUCAAAAUAAUCAGGAACAAUGAACUUAUGCAAAAAACUGGUCUCAAAGAACUAGAAUUUUUGAAGAAGCUCAAUGAUGCAGAUCCUGAUGACAAAUUUCAUUGUCUGCGAUUGUUCAGGCAUUUUUAUCACAAACAGCACCUCUGUCUGGUAUUUGAACCACUCAGUAUGAAUUUACGAGAGGUACUGAAAAAGUAUGGAAAGGAUGUCGGUCUCCACAUUAAAGCUGUACGGUCCUACAGCCAGCAAUUGUUCCUGGCAUUAAAACUACUUAAGAGAUGUAACAUCCUACAUGCUGAUAUUAAACCAGACAAUAUUUUGGUGAAUGAAUCUAAAACCAUAUUAAAGCUUUGUGAUUUUGGAUCAGCUUCACAUGUUGCAGAUAAUGACAUCACACCAUAUCUUGUCAGUAGAUUUUAUCGAGCUCCUGAAAUUAUUAUAGGAAAAAUCUAUGAUUAUGGUAUAGAUAUGUGGUCAGUAGGCUGCACGUUAUAUGAACUUUAUACAGGAAAAAUACUGUUUCCUGGCAAAACCAAUAACCAUAUGUUGAAACUUGCCAUGGACCUCAAAGGAAAGAUGCCAAACAAGAUGAUCCGAAAAGGUGUAUUCAAAGAUCAACACUUCGAUCAAAAUCUCAACUUCAUGUAUAUAGAAGUAGACAAAGUAACAGAAAGGGAAAAAGUUACUGUCAUGAGCACCAUUAAUCCAACCAAGGACCUGUUAGCAGACUUAAUUGGGUGCCAACGACUCCCUGAAGACCAGCGGAAAAAAGUACAUCAGCUAAAGGACUUGUUGGACCAGAUCCUAAUGUUAGACCCAGCCAAACGGAUUAGCAUCAACCAGGCUCUGCAACACGCCUUCAUCCAGGAAAAAAUUUAAUUCAGAUGAAGAAGUCCAAAGGGUUUGAGUAGUUAAGAUACAAAGACUGAAGAAAUUUCACAGCAGUUUAUUAAUGUAUAUAAACAUAAAUAUUUCCCCUGCAAAGUUAAGGAAGAAUGAUAUAUUUGAAUUAACACCAAGGCUGAUAUUUCUUUUAGAAAUGUUAGAGUAAUUCUGUUUGUGUCUUAUGUGAAAAUUUUCACUGUAGAACUGUUUUAAUUGCCAAGACUGCACACAAGUACAAUGCUAAUGUAUAUGGUUGCAGUUCAUAUAUUAUAUAAAAAAAAAAAAAAAAAGCUUGUUAAAAAAGAACAGUAAUACUGGGUGGUUGAUUUGUUUUUAGCAGACUUGGCUUCAUUUUUGUCUUUAAAAAAUGGCCAGCAUAAAUGCUGUUUAUAUUCACGUUUUCCUAGGUGUGUGUGUGCAGGCCACAGCAGCAUGCCCUUGGUGUAGUCAGUGCCGAAGGGGGUCUGUUCCUUCUUGAGCCUGCCUGCAGGGAUGGUCUCCUCUUUUAAAGCAGGUUGUGUACAACUUUCAGUACACUGAAGGUAAGCUAAACCAUCAACAUCACCGGUGUUUAAGAUGUUAUUUUACUGGAACAACUGACAAAUGAGAGACAAUAGCUUUAUGGCAGAAUUCCCUGCAUGUUUGAUAAAUGAUGUUUUAUUUUCUGGCAUUGCAACUGUGGCAUAGUUACGACUUCUGUUCUGUUCAUCACAUUUAAAAUUUGGAGAAUGCGCACUUGAUGGAUAGAGCGCCUUCAGUGUACUGUUCUUAUUACUUUAAUUUUUUUAAUCAACUUGCUAUAGACUUUGUAUACAUUUUGUUAAAUAUAGUUCACUAUGACAUAGAACCAAUACUUACAGAAGAGUUUUCAUUUACUAAUUACAUAUGUUGGGAUCUGAUUCUGAAAGACCUUAUAUCUAAAGGAUAGAUAGACAACAUAAUGAAAUUUUUAACUAUUUGUAUGUCAUUUUGAAAGUGUACUGCUUUAUGCUAAAAGUGUUUCAUUUGUUCAUUGUUUUCAUUAUUUGUGAUCAUGUUGUCUUUCAAUACAGGCAUAAACCUUCCACUCUUGAACAAAGCAGCUGCUUUUUAAAAGCGGUAAUUGCUUCUUUACCUUUUAUUUCUUUUGUAAAUGAAGCUUUUCUUUAAGAAAUGUGACAGUGUUGUCUCUUGCAUAAAACAGUUGACACUCACUUAUUGUAAAGUGAAGAUUGUUCUGCUGCAUGUAAAGUGGACCAUGCAGAUUUCUGUAUGUUUUCAGUAUGCAUCAUUAGAUAAUAAAGUCUUUUGUGAACAAGGCAUUUGUAGCCAUUUUUAAAAGAUUUUGUCUUCAGUGCUGGUAAAUCAGGUAAUACGUAAGAAGAAACCCUUCAUUUUUCUGUAAAUCCUUUAAUUAAAGGGAUUAUUAAAAGUUAUGAUCUUUGGAAGGCGAUAUUAGACUACAUUAAUUAGAUCUCUAAUUAUCAUCAUUGUAAAAGAAAGAAAACAAACCAAAAACCUACAGAUACUGUCUAUCUGCUUUCAUUGUUAUGAAAUUAUUCCUGUAGGAUAUAUGAUUGAAUUCAGGCUUUAACUAAUGUUUGUGCUAUUUUUCUCACUUUUCCUUUUGAUGGUGCUGAAAGAGAGAAAGGAAAGCGAGGCACAGGCCACUCUACGCCUACUCCAUGGGUCUGAUUUGAUGAGACACCAACUUCACCUUCCUAACAAGGUUAUUUCUGACAGCAUGUGUAGAUAAACAUUUAGCAACCAGUUAAAAAUAGUUUGAAACAUUUGAGUUAGUUAUGCAACAUGAAGAAUCCAGAAUCAAACUUUUCCAAUCCAUACUGAUGAUUUAAAUAUAAUUUGAGACAAUAAAAAAUGCAUCUUUUUAUUUCCAUUUAUUAUUUGCAUAAAAGGUACAGAAAAAACAGGGAUUUAGGGUUUUUUUUGUAAUACCCAUUUCAAAUUGUAAAUAGGACUUCUUUAUCCAUCUAGGCACAAACAUGCACACUUAGUGCAAUCAAGGAUGGAAAAUGAGACUAAGCAGUCAUUCUGCUGGUGGGGUGUUCCCCACCAAGGAGAUGUAAUGAACUACAAAGCAGGCAGGUGAUGGGUGAUGUUACAUGCCUAUUUUGAACCUUCAACCUGUCUUUUCUCAGUUUUUAUUUUCAUUUUUAAUGAAAAGUAAAUCUGUUCCUACUUCAACGUAUUAAGUUUCUUGUUCAUACAGGAAAUAGAAUGCAGAUUUCACUCUUACUGAAAUGAAGAACUAGAUACUUAGUUAAUUCCACACAAAGAAAUUUGCACUGUUCUGGUGACGCCUAUAACAUAUCCAGCACUUCUGGUGGUAAUUUUACACAGAUGUAGUGAAAUCCUAUUGUUUCUGUUGAUUUUGACCAUUAUUUUGUAUCCCUAUUUAAGAAUAAUGAAAUGAGUUGUCAACUCCAAUAGAAACAAUGCACCUUAUACCUACAGAACUUUUAAAAACUAUUCCAAAGAAGAAUAAAGUUGCUCGUUUACUUGUUCUUUGUGUUGUAGGUGCCGCUCAAAAGAAGAUGAUGACCACCAGAAGACAUGAACAAAGGUUUCUGUCCUAUAAAAGAUAUGAAAAUAUUUUUUAUGUCUGUCUAAUCUUUCUGUUUACAGCAUUCAUUAGCACUAUUGGUAAUUUUAAGAAUAGUUCUGUUGUGAUGGUAUUUAUAUGUAAGAUGUGCUUGUUUCAUUUCUGGUCGAUGUGAUUUUGUUGUGAUCAAAUGUAGGAAGAUACACAAUACUGUAUCUGUUUGCUUUCUUCUUGUAAGAGAAAUAUUGGGUAUGAUACUUUUCCUUUAGGAAGGAGUCAACCAAAUUUGACGGUAAAAUAUAUAUAUUUUAGCAUCACUGACGUUUUUAAGAUUUUACUAGAAGAGGAUACAAAAUUUUGUUCCCAUAUUUUAUUGUAGCACAUGCAUUAUAUAUGCUAAUACUAUCUCUUACUUACCUUUAGCCAACAGAGCAAACAUUGUAACUAGGGAGGUGGGUUAUGAGAAAUUGUUGAAAAACAAGUGGAUCCUGGUCCUUGGCCCUCCUCCAGCUCCCUUUGUGCUUUUCUGGCAGAACAAAGGAGUUGUAAUUCUGGCUUGAGCAUCUAGCUAAAUGGUUCCCCCAGCAUGGAAGAUUCCUGAGUGGUAUAGAGACAUAGUUACCUAUUUGCCACGCCUCUCCCUCUCAACCUUUAGUGUAGGGGAGAGUUGGAUGUGUGACUGGAGUGGUGCUGAACUCUGCUGAUUCCCAGCUGUGGCAAACUGGUACAAAAUAGAAGAAUCCCUGAAGCUGCCAUUUGCAGUUGGCUUUUGGAUGAGGGUGGUAUACAGCUAUAUUUGCUGCCUCCACACCUCAGGCCCUGUGCGACGUGAAACUCGGCUGAACCCAAGCAUUUAACCCAUGAUCUGUGUCUCAUGGUGACUGAAAAUCAACAAAAAACAAACUAAAAGUGCUUUUGAAUCUGGGCCCCCUGAUGAGAAUUAAAUGCAGUGGAAAUGUAUAUUUAAAAAUCCCUUUACUACUUAUAUUUGUUAUGUAUGUUGCUUAGGUGAAUACAUAUAGAUUGACAUAAUUGAAAACCAUUUUAGAAUAAAUUUGUUAAUGAAUUUUGAUUUUGAAUCGUCACAUCUUUUAAUAAUGUUUUUCCAUCCAUAUAUAGGGUAAGUGGCCGUAAACCUCUGAAGAACCUUUGAAUAUAUUGAUCCAUACACAGAAGGCUGAUCAUUCUGUGAGAAUGCAGGAGAUAUAACUUAAUCUUCUACAGUGUAUUAAGUCAUCAACUGUAACUCAUAGUUAUAGCAGCAAAUGUUCAAAGUGGCAAUUGCUUCAAGUUAAUAAAAUAAGAUUUUGGAACUUA